AUGUCUUCUCCGUCUACGUCUGGAUUCUUCUCUUCUUUGCCAGAUGAGAUCGUUCUAAGUUGCUUGGCCCGCGUAUCAAGACUAGAUCACGCAUCCUUAUACCUAGCCUCCAAGUGGCUCCGAUCUCUAGUGGUUUCACCUGAGCUCUACCACGUCCGAUCACUUGUUGGUUGCACCCAAAACUGCAUCUAUCUAUGUUUAAGCAUCCCUCCAUACCUAACUCCAACCUGGUUCUGUUUCACUCCACAAACCCUAAAUCGUCCUAGUAGGCUGGUUCCUAUUCGGACACACUUUUAUCAGCCUCAAGAAGCAUCAUCCGUGGUUGCCUUUGGUUACGGUAUCUAUGUCAUUGGUGGGAAGAUCAACGGGAGGCACACGUCGAGCGUCUUCUUCCUAGAUUGUCGAUCUCACACGUGGACCACUCUUCCCUCCAUGAGGGUGGCUCGAGCUUCUGCUGCAGUGGGCGUGGUCGAUGGGAUGUCUUGGGAGGUUUCGAACAUUUCUGCUCAAUUUCCCGCAAGUGGGGAGAACGCGGUGAUGGACGAGAAGGUUUUCGCUUUGAACGGGGCGGGUAGAGGUAUGUUUUACAUACCGAGUGAAGGGAUAUGGAAAACAGGGAAUUCAGAUACAAUUUAUGUACUGUUGUGUAACGGGUGGGAGGAUACUUUGGUGUAUGCAAAGGAGUUGGAUUGGCGCAAACACGAGGGGAUGGUGUGGAGAGAGGUCAUGGGAUUGGAAAAAUUAACGGACACUCUAUGUGACUCUAAGCUGGUUUACUAUGGUGAGAAGAUGUCAGAAUCAGAUCAUUCGAAGUCAUGGAUGGUGAGGCAUGUAUUGACUAAUGAACUUGACAGAUUGCUUCCGGGGCACAAACUGAGUAACUCUGGUCCAAAUAUGUUACUCUUUUGGGACGUGCUUGGUCCAGAGAAAUUGGAGGUUUGGUGUGCGGAGAUCUCUUUAAAGAGGUGCAAUGAGAGAGUUGAGAUUCGCGGCAAGAUUGAGUGGUCGGAAGCUGUCAUGACAUUCAAACCUCCUCCUCUGCAUCAGCAUCACUGUAAGCUUUUGUAUUCUCUCUCUCUCAAUCUCUGA